CUCCUUCAUAAGUUAAAGUCCAAAAAUGCUUUUAGCUUUUUUCUAUAUAACUCGUCUCUAGAUCACUCAACUUCGUCAUUACCAAGAGAAACGGUGUGUUCUUAUCCUCUCAGAGCUUCUUAUCACUUUGAUCUCAACCAUUGAAUCCACAGGUAAAAAUAGAAACUUUACAAGUUUUAAGCUUUCGUUGAUGGAACAAGUUGUGUAAAAGAGACAGAACUGAAGUUAGAUAAAUGGAUAAACAAGUGAGAGAGGAAGCUACAUGGGUUCCUCAGACACCCAUCAAGCCAAUUACUCCGAUCUACCCAGAUCAGACUCAGACAGAGGAAAGGAGAUUCUCUGGGAACAAAGACAAGAGUGGUCUUGACCAUUUGUCUUGUCUAGAUUUGCUGGCUUUGGCCAACACUGCUUCAUCAGUGUAUUUCUCAGGACAGACUGGGAUUGAUAAAGAACAUGUUAUCAAGACUCCUGAGAAGCCAAAGAGGAAGAAGCAUAGGCCAAAGGUUGUUAGAGAAGUGAAACCGAAAAACAAUCCUAAACCCAAAGCUCCAAAUAAGCCUAUUGUUGUGGGUGAAGAAACCAAAACUCCCAAGAGGAAGUAUGUGAGGAAGAAAAAAGAAGUUGGUGAGGAUCAAGAGUACACACCAGUUGAAGAAUCAGCAGCAACUGAAGAGGCUACAAGUCAUACCAAGAAGCCUUGUAGAAGAGCCUUGGACUUUGAGGAUGAGAGUCUCAAACCUGAAAACAGAGAUGAGAAGGGAUCAGCCAAUGGAGAAAAGCAGGAUCAAGACAUAGAAGAUUGUCAUAUGGCAGUGCCUAGCACUCCUAAGAGAAAGCGUAGUAGCCAAAACAGAAGAAUGGGAAAGGAACCUGUGAAGAAGAUUAAUGAGGCACAAGUCACAAAGAGGAGACAAGGAAAAGAACCAACUAGUGAUAUAUAUUUCUGUGGGAAACAAUACGAGCAGGUGUUUGAGUACAAUGAAGCGCAGGCGUUUGGGUACAAUGAAGAGCUUUGGUGGUCUCAAGCCAUUACAAACACAUCAUACGCUGGACAACAACUUGUUGCACAAGAGUCAAGCUGCUACAUUUUCGAUUCUGAGGCCAGUGCUAGUGGAGUCCUAACCUUUCAAGGAAGUCAGAUUUUUGAGUCUACUGCUUGCUUGGAUAAGAUAGACACCCCAACAAAGAAGAGAACUACAGGCCAUGCUCGGUUCCGGGAUUCAUCUUCCAUAAACAAAGCUACACAAGUUCUUGCUAAGAGGCCGGUGGCUUCGAGCAGAAAGAAGAGACCCACUAACUCUCAGAAAUCACAGAACAAUCUGCUCACUAUUCUCCCUAAGCAUCCCCAGUUUCUACCUUCAUGUGCUGGGCUAUCUCCAGAUGAUAUUUGGAGACAACGUUACUCUGUUGAAGCAAUCAGUGAGCUAAUGCGUCUACUAGACAUCAACAGAGAGUACUCAGAAACUGCUGUUGUUCCUUAUGCAAUGAACAACAGCAGUUACAGCAUAGGAAACCAGGUUGCAAUCUACAACGGUGGCCCUGGAGCAAUUGUGCCUUCAACUCGUGUUAAAAAACCACGGCGUGACCGAGCAAAGGUUCAUAUAGAUACUGAGACAGAUAGAGUCUGGAAGCUUCUGAUGGAUAAUAUUGAUAGCGAAGGUGUUAACGGAUCAGACGAGAAGAAGGCUAAAUGGUGGGAGGAAGAACGUAAUGUGUUUAGAGGAAGAGCAGACUCAUUUAUAGCACGAAUGCAUCUUGUACAAGGGGAUAGGCGUUUUACUCCAUGGAAAGGUUCAGUUGUUGAUUCCGUGGUUGGAGUGUUUCUCACUCAAAACGUUUCUGACCAUCUCUCAAGCUCUGCGUUCAUGUCACUAGCUUCGGAAUAUCCUGCACCAGUAGUACCCAGCAGUGACUUUGAAGUGGGAUCAAGCUCCAUGCCUUCUAUCCGGAUAACUUACUUGGACUCAGAUGAACCAGUCUCAAACCCACAAGUUCAUAAUGAGAUUUCUGCUACUGUAAACAUCACACAGCAUGAUGAGGAAAAGGAGGAUUAUGUAAACAGCAAUGACACCUCAAGGAGCAGCAGUGAGAUUGCCAGCUCAGGGAAUGAAUCAGUUGUCAAGACUAUGGAUUCAAAGGCGCAGGUGGAUUCAGACAGAACUGCUUCAAGCGUAGAAGUUAACAAGACAGUUCAGACGUUCAUUGUCCAAGAGCUGUUUCCAUCUGAAGAUUCUGUACUUACAUGUCAGAACUCGUUGGUUUUUGAUACUCCUCAAAAGACAGAGAGGGCAGGAUCAAGCUUUGAGAUCAACUCAGAAGCAGAGCAUAAUACAUCAUAUGUGAAGCUCCUAGAGUCGCAGGGGUCUAUUCAGCUACAAGGGAAAGGAAAAGGCGUUACCACAGCUGAUACUGUCUCAGUCGAAGAGGCUAAUCAGUGUUCAAGGCAAGAAGUUGGGGUUUCAAGCACCCCAAACACGUCUCCUGGUGACUGUAGCUCAGAGGUUAAAGACCUCAAAUCACUGAAAGGGAAAACAAAGUGUUCUGAUGAUGAACCAUGUUGUUUCUUUGGGGAUGUGUUGAGUGUUCAGAAACCAGACAUACCUGAAAGCUCUAGCAGCGGUCAUUCCACAAGACCGGUGAUAGAAACAUCAAUUCCAGAUAUUAAUGAAAGCACAACCUGUCUUGAUGUCCAAGAAGGUACAGAGAAACAAACAGGACCUGACUCACUACUAUCCAAAGAGCUCAAUCCUAAGGAUAAGGCUACUUUCAAUGCAAGUGGGAAAAAGGUUUUAAAGGAGGUAAAAGAGGGGUUUGAUUGGGACGGUUUAAGAAGAGAAGCGCAAGGCAGAGAAGGCAAAAGAGAGAAAACAGCAAGGACACUGGACUCUGUGGACUGGGAGGCCAUAAGAACAGCAGAUGUUGAUGAAGUAGCUGAAACCAUUAAGAGCCGUGGGAUGAACCAUAAACUUGCUGAACGUAUACAGGGCUUCCUUAAUCGACUGCUUACAGAGCAUGGGAGUCUUGAUCUCGAAUGGUUAAGAGACGUUCCACCUGACAAAGCAAAAGAGUAUCUUCUGAGCUUCAAUGGAUUAGGCCUAAAAAGUGUGGAGUGUGUUAGGCUUCUAACCCUGCAUCACCUUGCUUUUCCUGUUGAUACCAAUGUUGGACGCAUAGCAGUUAGACUCGGAUGGGUACCCCUUCAACCGCUACCUGAGUCCCUUCAACUCCAUCUUCUAGAAAUGUAUCCUGUGCUUGAGUCUAUACAGAAGUAUCUUUGGCCACGUUUAUGCAAAUUCGACCAAAAAACAUUGUAUGAACUGCAUUACCAAAUGAUUACUUUUGGAAAGGUGUUCUGUACAAAGAGCAAACCCAAUUGCAAUGCUUGUCCGAUGAGAGGAGAAUGUAGACACUUUGCUAGUGCAUUUGCCAGUGCGAGGUUGGCUUUACCCGGUUCAGAGAAAGGAAUGGAGACACCUAAUAUGCCUCUACAGAGCCUGCCAGAGCCAUUGCGGAGACAGCAGGGGUUAGAAGUAGUCAACCACUCAGAAGCAGCAUUCAAGGUGACAAGUUGUGAACCGAUAAUUGAAGUGCCAGCAUCACCAGAGCCAGAGUGUGAAGAAGUAUCAUUAGCUGACAUAGAGGAUGCUUUCUUUGAAGAUCCUGAAGAGAUUCCAACAAUAAGACUGAACAUGGAUGCAUUUACAAAUAACUUGAAGAAGAUUUUUGAACACAGCAAGGAACUACAAGAAGGAAACAUGUCUAGCGCUCUGGUUGCGCUUACCGCUGAGGCUGCAUCUCUCCCAAUGCCUAAGCUCAAGAACAUUAGUCAGCUGAGGACAGAACACCAAGUCUAUGAACUCCCAGAUGGCCAUUCUCUUCUAGCUGAGUUUGAGAAGCGAGAAACUGAUGAUCCAUGUUCGUAUUUGCUUGCUAUAUGGACGCCAGGUGAAACGGUUGAUUCUAUUCAACCAACUAGAAGCAAAUGCAUUUGGCAAGAAGCGGGCAAAAUGUGUGAUGAGCCAACUUGUUUCUCAUGCAACAACAUUAGGGAGACGCAAUCACAAACUGUUAGAGGGACCAUCUUGAUACCUUGUAGAACAGCAAUGAGAGGUAGCUUCCCACUUAACGGGACAUAUUUCCAAGUCAACGAGGUGUUUGCGGAUCAUGAGUCUAGUCUAACGCCAAUUGAUGUUCCAAGAGAAUUGUUAUGGAACCUAGCUAGAAGAACUGUGUACUUUGGCACAUCUAUCCCAACUAUAUUUAAAGGUUUAACUACAGAAACAAUUCAACAAUGUUUCUGGAGAGGGUAUGUAUGUGUGAGAGGAUUUGAGAGGAAGACAAGAGCACCAAGGCCUUUGAUUGCGAGACUGCACUUCCCAAAAAGCAAAAUGAAGGCACAGGGUGUUCAGGAUGAUGCAUAGGUAGAAGGAAACAAACUCGGCUUAUGGUUUACCAACAAGCCAAUGUAUAAUAUAUAACAUAAAACGUAGAGUUGUAACGGGUCUUUAAACCUCCAUGUUAGUGUGUCUUUGUUUGUAUUAAAUACUAAAAGUCUCAAGAACCAGACUAGUAGGUAGCUUAAUUCUCUCCCAAGUAGAUUUGAAUCAUUUCUUGACUCGCUAGAGACAAAUCAUUUGUUUUAUUUGUAUUACUGGUUUACCCGAACCAAAAUAAUCGGUUAAGAUGGUUUAACCGGACAAAAUAAUUUAAGAUCA